AUGCUUAACCAAACCAUCAUCGACAAUAUUUCCAAAAAACUAGAACUCCGCCAACCAAAUAAAGAAGCAAUUCAAGCCUCUUUAAGCCAUUAUUACAAUUCAGAAAACAAUCCGCAAAAAUUAUCUGAACAUAUUCUCUCCGUAGCUACCGGGGUUGGAAAAACCUAUAUCAUGGCGGCUAUUUUAAACUAUUUAGCCGAAGCCGAAAAGAUAACUAAUUUUUUAAUUGUUGCUCCUGGAAAAAUAAUCAGAGAAAAGACCAUUAACAACUUUUCACUCAAUAAACCUAAUUCCUUGGCUGAUAAAUUAACCAUUAAACCACCCCAUAUUAUUGAUAUCAAAAAUUUUCACACUGCCAAAACUACUGACAAAAAUUCUGCUAAAUUAUUUAUUUUUACAGUUCAAUCUUUAACCCAAGCCAAAGGCAAGACCGCUCGCAAAACUAGUAAUUAUGAUGAAGUAUUGGGUCAAUCUUUACGGGAACAUUUAAGUAAAUUAGAUGAUUUGGUUAUUUUUGCUGACGAACACCAUUUAUAUUACGGGGAAAAGUUUUCCGAAGCCAUUCGAGAACUAAAACCAAAAAUUUUAAUUGGACUAACUGGCACUCCGCAUGAAAAAACACCAGCCGAGGAAAUUAUUUUUGAAUAUCCUUUAUGA